AUGGCAGACUUUAAAACAGACCUGAAGUACAUCUUGGAGGAUGCGGGAGAUGCCGAUCAUCAUAACACCAGUAGUCCACACAGACACGCCGAGCUGGAGUCUCAGUCUCCGUCAAGGUCGACGCCUCGAACCUCACAAGUCGUCCUCCGUGGAAGCAACAGCAACAGCAACGGCCACCACAGCAGUCACCACGGCAGCCAUCACAGCAGCCAUCACGGCAGCCACCACAAGAGCCACCGAACAGGCAGCUCUACGAGUAGCUCCACAGAGUCCAAGGCCAGGCCAGCCGAAACCUCCGUCGACAACGAAAGCGUCUUUGACCCCAGCUCAACCAUGGAUCAGAGAGCAUACAGGGCUGCCUCACCCUAUCUUCCCACGCGUGGGUACGGCAGUUUGAGUUAUGACAGGUACGACGAGAGAACUGCAGGUUAUACUAGCAGCCACAGAGAUGGCCGCCUCGCGAGUGACGGUGGCCGUCACUCUGGUGAGAGCCACGACAAUCAUGCUGGCCAUGUCGGCCAAAGUAACAUAGGCGGCGGCGGCGGCGGUCACAAUAUGCCGUACAGCAUGGAAAUGCACGGCGUAGGAUCAUCCCCCUUAGGUGCUGGUCCCGGCGUGGUCGCCGAAGGCAUGUUAGCCUAUGAGACGCCUGUUGCCCGAAACCAGGCCGGAUAUGGCCCGGGCCCCUUGAUUCCUGCUGGAUACGCCAUGACUGGUGCAAGCGGAGACAUGGUCGUGCAACAGACGUUCUUCGCAGCGUCUCCGGGUGAUGGCCGUUCUGGAGGCUACCCUGAGGAAGUACGGCUGACGCCAGUCACACGUCGUGUUAGCCGGGCCAAAAAAGGGGUUCCCGUGCACACAUGCGACAUUUGUCACCCGGCCAAGGUGUUCACGCGGGCAGAGCACUUGCGGCGUCACCAACUGAGCCACCAGACGCCGCACUUUCAGUGCACUUACCACCAGUGUCGCCGUUCCUUCCACCGGGCCGAUCUUCUCAGCCGCCACGAGCGAAGACACCGAUCUGGAGAAGAGCUCACCCCGGGUGGUGGCAUGGAGCCUGGACUGUCCGCACGCCGAGACUCGUCGCAGUCAAUCGACUCCAGCGUGGGGUAUCAAAGCGCCUAUGUCAGUGAGGGAGGGGGGGAGGACCAGGAGAUGGAGACAGGAGGCCAGCGUCAUGCUGAAGAAGGAGUAGCAGCAGACCGAGAGCAGCAUUACCACCAGCAAUACCAACAACAGUUCUCAUAUUACUCGUCUGGAGGUUCUGGCUCCGGCUAUGGUGACCAAGUGAACAAUCUGGCUGCCAGUAUGAUGGGAAAACAUGAUGCUGGUGGAAGAAGGAGUGUGCAAUACUGUGUCGCGAGUACCAACCCGCAUACAGCUAGUCAAGGGACUUACGGUGCUGCCAAGAGCCAAUAUGAUGGCCAGAUGAAGUAUUCGCCUCGCCGGCAACGAGGUGCGUAUACCACAACCCGGGCCCCGGCUAUGCCAGACUUCACAUCCAAGUCUGCCGGAGCAUCUGCUGCGCAGGACUUGCUUGCCUAUGUUGGCGACCCUCAGUUCUGCAGACGAGAAAUCACAGCUAGCUCAGCGGUUACUUUUACCUCUGAUUAUCUCCAUGCGACCGAUCUGCGGCUACGCUCGCAGGGGCAUCAACAUCAAUACGGCAAGAGUGCUUCAGCUCCAGAAUGGUCCACAUUAGCUGGCGGCAACACAAACGCGAGCUUCAACUAUCCGUACACAUUGCACUCGCUCUUUGACGAUCAUCACUGCGUUCCAUUAUCCGUGACACCACUGCCAGAGAACUCGUCUGGCUGGGAGUCCUUAGCACCAGCUCUCGGGGAUGCUGAGAGCACACUGGCUACGACAUAUGCCCGGGCAUCAAUCCCUCCACAGGCCUCAUUAGUCGGCGAACAGGACAGCGUGCUCCCACGACAGGCUAACAGCACCGCUCCUGUCAACGGCCUCGUCGGCCCCGUCAUCUUCUGGAAGCGACACCCCGCCGCUGCCUAA